GACGCGGGAGCCGGCCCGCCGCCGCUUCAAGAUGGCGGCGCCCGGCGCAGAGCGCUGAGGGGGUGGGGGAGGGGCGGCUGUUGUUGAAGCUUUAUUGUUCCGCGCCGUGUCCGCCGCGCCGCGCCCAAUAAAGCCUCCGCAGGCAGUGCCACGCAGGACACCCGAGGUCCCGCUUCCUGCGACAUCUGAACUCCAGAGGGGUUGGCAUCUUGCAGGAGCGAGGCACCAGCACGCAGACAACCUGCACACAGCGGCUGCUCACACCUCGCAAUUUGGUGCAAGCUGGGCUUUGUGGAAGGUGUGCAGAGCACGGCGGGAGGAGGCCAGUGGGUCCUGGCGCCAUGGAGCUUCCUGGUUACAGCCGGCAGCUGCUGCAGCAGCUGUACCCGCUCUGCAGAGAGCAGCAGUUCUGCGACUGCGCCAUCUUCAUUGGGGAUGUUCGUUUUGGAGCACACAAGGUGGUUCUGGCUGCUGCCAGCCUGCUUUUUAAAUCCCUGUUGGACAGCACAGACACCAUCUCCAUCGACGCCUCUGUGGUGACCCCCGAGGAGUUUGCGCUCUUGCUGGAGAUGAUGUACAGUGGCAAACUCCCCCUGGGGAAACACAACUUCACCAAGGUAAUCUCUGUGGCAGAUAGUCUGCAGAUGUUUGAUGUGGCUGUUAGUUGCAAAAACCUGCUCAGGGACCUCAUCAGCUGCUCGACUCAGGACCAGGUAGCGAGAGAAGUCUCCAGCCAGGCAGCAGACUCAUCUGGAAACCCUGCAGAGACUAAUAACCCGCCCCAGUCUGAAAAACCUGCUGAAGGAAGAACAGAUAUUCUCCUCCUUCAGAGGGUUUCCCCUUCUCCUGGACCUGCAGAAGCAGAAAUGGAAGCAGAUGUUUCUCCUACUGGCCAGGACCUUACCAUGGGUCACACUUGGGUUCAGCAGGGUGCAAUGGCCAGUGACUCCAGAUCCCUCCGGGAGGAUUCGGGGUCUCGUCCCGCUCAGCCUGCCCCUGCUGAGCAGGGUGACAGUGCAGAAGAGGAGCCUGAUGAGCCUCUGGAGGAGAAAGGAGGAGCGAGAGACUUAGCAGAGAGCAAAAGCUGUAAACUGGAUUUCUUUCUUCGAUAUGAAAGCGAUUUCUCUGAGGCCCUUUCUGAUGCCCGAGCUGUGCUGAAGAGACUAGAAGAGUGUGGAGAAAUUGAUGCCUCUCAAAAGGAGGCUCUGGCCGCCUGUCUGGCGGAGGGAGGGGACCAGCCGGUGUUCCAGAAGCUGCUGAGCAAAGUGCAAGAUGCUCAGACCCUGAGUGCUCAGACCCUCCUGUCUUUACUGAAGCUGUUUCAAGACACGAAUCCCAAGCUGCGAGCGGCUUUGCUGGAGAGGGAAGGGGGUGGCGGAGAAGACCUGCAGCAAACAGAGAGUGCAGACAAGGGAGAGACGCUGACCGCUCGCUUGCUGGGUCACAGGGGGGAGCUGAUCCAGAGCGUGACACAGCUGAGCCCCAUCGUAGAGUUCCUGGAGGCGGCAGAGGAGGGAUUCCUGACCGCCUCAGAGAAACGGGUGGUUCUGGAUUGCUGUGAAGGAGGCUCUCAGAGGGAAGCUGUGGACAAUCUGCUCAGGAAAGUGGAUGAAGAGAAAACCCUGAAAGCAGAAAGUUUGGUCAAACUUCUGGGGGCUGUGAAAGCAUCAUUCCCUGGUCUGCACCUUCUGCUAGACAAUUUGAUGACAACAGCAAACGUCUCUGAUGGCAAAGCCAAAUGUAACCCAGAGGAUUAUGGAACCAAACUGUUGAGACGAUACCGAGAAAACUUGGUGGAGCUGCUGACGGACACACAGAUGCUGCUGCAGGGCAUCUCUGCUGCACAGAGCCUGGCUCCUGCUGAGAGAGAGGCGAUGGAGCAGGUUGUGAAGCGUGAGGCCGGCGGUUUUGCCUCCCUGGUGUCAGCGGCGCUGGAGGAGCAGUCUCUGCCCGUCUCGGCCAUUUGGCAGCUGCUGCUGGCUGUGCGGGAGCCUGCACCACUGAACCUGCUCAUGGAGGAGAUCCGCAAACAACCCGGAGCAGAGUUAUUCUUCCAAGCAGUGGCCAGCAGUGAGAGCACAGCCAUUGGGAUCAUCCUGCGGCACAGCAAGCUGGUCUCGGAGGCCAUCCAGCAGAGCACGGACAUGGAGGGCCUGGCCCCGGGGCAGGCAGGACUCGCGGCGGCGGUGCAGGAGCUCCUGAGUAUUUCAGCUCAGAAGGAAAGUUCAGAGGCCUCCUUGAAAGCAGCUCUGAGUACAGCCCAGGAGAAGUCUGUCCCAGCCAUCAAGAUCUGUCAGCUGCUGUGCAACGUCCACGAGUCCUUCCCAGACCUGCAGCCAGUGAUGCAGGAGCUGGGGCAUGUGGGUCUCUUGACUGAGGGAAAUGGGGAGAAACCUGGGGUCAGGAAGUGGAAGGUGAACAGUGAAUCCCAAGUUGAAGCUCUGGACAAAGAUGAGGACAAGGCAGGAGGUGCCGGUGCCAGGGAACCAAAGGAACCCCAAGAAAAAGCUUCUUCCAAGAAGAAUUUUGUCUGCAAAGCCUGUGAUAAGACCUUCCACUUCUACUGCCGUCUGAAGGUGCACAUGAAACGUUGUCGGGUGGCCAGAGGAAAGCAAAUCCAGUGUAAGGAGUGCUGUGAGGUCAAGUCAACAAAGAAGGAGCUGGAGAAACAUCAGCUGGAGGUCCACGGGGUGGUGGGGACAGCUAAGAAGAAGAAGAAGCGGCUCCCCGUGGCGUGCGAUAUCUGUGGCCGAGAGUUUGCUCAUGCCUCAGGGAUGCAGUACCACAAGCUGACGGAGCACUUUGACGAGAAGCCCUUCUCCUGCGAGGAGUGUGGGGCCAAGUUCGCGGCCAACUCCACGCUGAAGAACCACCUGCGGCUGCACACGGGGGACCGGCCCUUCACGUGCAAGCACUGCCUGAUGACCUUCAUGCAGGCCUCGGCACUCGCCUACCACACCAAGAAGAAGCACGCUGAGGGGAAGAUGUACGCCUGCCAGUAUUGCGACGCCGUCUUCGCACAGUCCAUCGAGCUGUCGCGCCACGUCCGGACUCACACGGGGGACAAGCCGUACGUCUGCCGAGAGUGUGGGAAAGGCUUUCGCCAGGCCAACGGGCUCUCCAUCCACCUCCGGACCUUCCACACAGACAUCGAAGAUCCCUAUGACUGCAAGAAGUGCCGGAUGAGCUUUGCCACCCUCCAGGAGCACCGCAAGCACGUCCACGAAGCCCACUCCCGCGAGUACCACCCCUGCCCCACCUGCUCCAAAGUCUUCAGCGCCCCAUCGCUCCUGGAGCGACACAUGGUGACCCAUGUUGGAGGAAAGCCCUUCAGCUGUGACCUCUGUGACAAAGCUUACCAGCAGUUGUCAGGGUUAUGGUAUCACAACCGGACCCACCACCCUGAUGUCUUUGCAGCUCAAAACCACCGCUCGUCCAAGUUCUCCUCCCUGCAGUGCAGCUCCUGUGACAAAACCUUCUCCAGCACGACUGCUCACCGAAAGCAUGUCAAGGCAGAGCACACAGAUGUGAAGUUCCACGAGUGUGAGACAUGCAAGGAGCUCUUUCCCACGCUGGCUCUGCUGCAGGUCCACGUGAAGUGCAGGCACUCAGGCUCCCAGCCGUUUUGCUGCUUGUACUGCUCAGCCUCCUUCCCUGUCCCGGGGGCCCUGCAGAGCCACGUCGCCAGCGAGCACUUCAAGCAGACGGAGAGCACCUUCACCUGUGAGCUCUGCGGGGAGCUCUUCCCCUCCCAGGCUGAGCUGGAGGGGCACUGCAGUGCUGAGCACCCCAAGGUGAUCUUCUCCCAAGCCACCACAGCCCAGAUUGUGCAGGUGAUUCAGACAUCGGAGCAAGGAGCAGCAGAGCACAUCAUCUCUUUUGAUGAGGCCCAGCUCACUGGCUCCCAAGUCUUUGUGACAUUGCCCGAAUCCCAGGUGAGCCAAGCUGGCUCUGAGCUGGUGGCAGUGACCAUGGAGGACUUGUUUGAUGACAAAGUCACUCUGAUUUGUGAAGAAACCAAGUGAGAAUGAGCAAUGGGUGCCCGUGCAUGGCCCCUGGCAUCCACUAGACUCAUUUAGAACCUAUGCCGCAUUGUGCUGCCCCUGGAGGGAGAGUCAGGGUUUCUUCGGGAAAACAGCCCUGGGUAUGCGGCACUGCAGAAGAAAUGUCGCGCAGCAAGCACAGUGUAGCCAAGGACAGGAGGGGUUGGAGACAUGCACAAGGGCCUGGGAAGCCUCGCUGCAGUCAGCAGCUGCCAGCUCAGGUGAGCUGGACCUCCUGUCUCUCCAGCUCAAGAGAAGAUGCAGAGGAACAGAUGAGAAUUGGGUGUGUUCACAUGUGUUCCUCCACCGAUGUGAGCAGAGCAGAGGGGAGGAGGAGGAGACUGGUGCAGGACGGAGCUGGGGUGGUUUGGGUAUGUGAAACCAAAGAUAAAACUGCCCUGAGAAAUUGCGGCGGAGAUUUUUGUGGUUGAAUCAGUGAUUUGCUUGCAGGCAUCUGCUGCUCUGCAGGGUAAGGGCUGCUCUGUUUCUUCUGUUGCUUUUCCCUGUACGGUUGUGCUGCCUGUUGUGCCAGGUACAAGAGUCUCCAGCGCAGAGCUGACAAUGGGGCCUCUGCUUGAGCAGAGGCUGCUCAGGAGUUGUGCUAAAUGGCUCCGGAGCUGUUUAUAAAUCACCUUGUGUAGCACAGAUCUGAUCCCAUCCAUGUUUUUGCUGUGGCUGUCCCUUACAAAGGAGGGUCGUGGGCAACUCUUGGCACCCACAUCAUCCUUGCAAGCAAACAGUCCUGAGGUCUCACCCUCCUCUGUCCCACUGAGGAGAUACCGAAGCUGCCGCCUCUGAGGAGGGAGAAGGAGCUGUGCCUGCGUGCCAGGGCCCCUCCUCAUGGUAUAGGUGGGUUGACACUAAUGUGGGUAUUUCUGAGUGUGCAAAAGCCGCUGUGCCUGCACACAGCUGGUCCCCGUGGCGCACAGAGCGUUGCUUUGUACCGUGUCUUCAUAUACCUACUGUAAAGUUUGCUUCUCCAGUACCAGCACAAUGCAACAGCUUCACUGCAGCGCACUGGCCCCUUUAAGGCUACAUUUCAUAAAGUUUUUUUUAUCCGCAGUUUCCUAAAAUAUAAUCUGAUAAUUAAUGGUUUGCUGAAUCAAUUAUGAAGUGCAAUUAGAUAGAUGCAGGGUUCCUGUGGCUCGGAGGGGACCGGUAGCAUUUAUCUUCCUUUCCCUUAUACCAAAAGGUUGGACCCUGCCACCGGGUUAUUUACAUUCGGAGCGGUGAUCCCCGCCGCAUCCCGCAGCCCGAGGCCCCGCAGCGAGCAGCGCCUGUGUUAUCACCCUGCCCAGAGCCACGGGCGUGCGGGAGAUGAACAGAUUGGAGUUUUCCAGCAGCAUUUUGCACUGGCUGCUCACAGCCACCAGGCAGAGACGGCUGCACCAGAGUGUGCCAAGGUGGUUGUGCCAGUGACGGUUUGUUAUUCCUCAUACAGCUGGGAGAAAAGAAGUGAACAGUGACCCAGGAGAGGGGCCUGAUGGAGCUGGUGUUCUGCGUGGCAUUUUUUUCAUGUGUGUGGCAGCAAGCACAUGACCCUGUUGAAGUGUUGCACGCGUCAAGGAGUGCUCCCCCCUUCCUCAGUUGCACACACGGUUUGUCCCCCAGGCUUUGCGGUGACAGUGAAAUGGAGGAAGCAGGAGGUUAAGUUGCCACUGAAUCCAGGAAUGACCAGGAGAUGGUGCUCAAGGUCUUGAGGAUUAGUGCUAGUGGCCUCUGCACCUUUGAAGCUCUUCUUAGCCAUCCCAGGCCUUACCCAGCUCCUGGGCUGGAGGGUGGGAGACCUCGAGCCACCGCCAAGCUGAAGGACAACUCCAAGCCCUGGACAGGACACCUGCGGUCCCUGGAUAUUGCUGCUUAAAGAAGAGCCUGAAACUGGGCUGAGAUCACCUGUGGAGAGGGUACAAUACAUCCGUAACUGAGGUGAAGCGGUGAAAAUGCCUGGGACCCCGUUGGCCAGAGGGACAGCAGAGGGGGGACUGCUGGAGACCAUCUCGUGCCUGCCUGGGAACAGGAGAGCUGUGCUUGAUGCGUAGGAUGAGCACGGGGAUGGUGACAGAACAAGCAAGUACGUUUGGAUGGUAUCAGAGCAGAUGUGUUGGGAGGUAAGUGGUGGAUUUCAUCCCGCAGGCUGGUGGAGAUGGAAGCUGUAGUCCCUUUUCUGGCUCCAUGGGGGCUAGAAGCUGUGGGAAUCCUGCACAGGCUGGGUGAAGCUGAUCUCUCUUUGUUCCUGAAAAACUCUGGAGGAAGACUAAAGGUUUAACAGGGUUGGGGAGAAGCUGUCUCAUAAUGCUUAGCUAGGGAAGAGCAUGAGUGAUGCAUUUUGACUUUGAUCCAUUUCAUCCCUGCUGACUGACUGUUGUCACAAUUGAAGCGGGGAUGGUGUAAAUCGCACAUCAGGAGCGGUUCAGGCUCACGUCUCCUGUUUAGGGCCAUAUCUCCUGCCUUUGUGCCCGGCAAGAGCCUGUGUGGACGUAUCCUCAGCAGAGACCUGCCAGCAGCACACGCCCAGUGAGAGCUCAGCAGCUGUACAGAGACCAUCAAGCAUCUCUCGUAUCAUUAUGAGAGAUAAUAACUCAGAUCCCUCCGUUGCAGCUCUUUCUUGAUGGGGGAAAUAUGCACGUCAGAGCAAAUUGCAGUGUUAGCAGCACCGAUGUCCUGCCCAGAGGGAAGAUGCGUUUCCCAGGGCACAUCUUGGUCUGGUGUGCGCAACGCUGGAGAUGCCGAUCACUAGUGAUUUCUUGUUAUGCUGCAUAUUCUUAUUUUCUCUGUAAAAAUAAAACAUGGAAAAUGAAAGAUGUA